AUGCACCGAACCAGAAGUCAUAUACUGCUUGAGGACUUUAUCGACUUAGAUGGGCUUUAUGCAUCAUAUGGUGCUGUGGCGCAGAUCUUCCGGGUGAAAACAACAAGAACAACGGAGAAUAUCCUGGAGAACUUGAAAUGUCGAACCCAGCAUAAUGCUCGCGUUUUCACGAAGGAAACUAUGCCUAUUCGGUAUCAUUACCCGAAGUCGCGACGAAUCGGCGAUCUUGUUAUUGAGGGACUAGACGGGGCGGUCGUUCAC